UCUACAUGAAGAAAUGUACGUCCAAUUCGAACGAUUCUUCCGUAGUUUGAAGGCGACAUGAAAUUAAUCUUUGAUAUGGAAAUAGAUGUUUGCCGAGAACUUACGGUAUCAUGCAGCUCCGUGACGUCUCCUUUAAGGAAGUCCAAAAAGAGGAGCAAAACGGAAUUCUUUCUGGCGUCCGGGAACUCUUUUCUUUUAACUUUUUCAUCGUUUCGUUUCCUUCGGUGUACGGAGCGGGAAGCAGCCAGACGCCCGUUAGUUCAGAAGGGUUCGCAGUGUUUUCCCACCUAAGAUAGGCGGCAAUACGUCAGCGACACGUGGAUUGCGUAGGAUUCUCUCCGUACGUGCAACGAAGAGUAUGGCCUCGAGUCAAAUAGCAACGCAUGUAGCGCGCAAAGUGACCUGUCGUACUGCAUCUCACGCGUAACAAUGUGGAAAAAGUUAGUGUGCGCAUUGUUAUGGACCUUCCUAAGCUGUGGAAACGGAAGCCAGCGUCCUCCUCCUGAUUUUGGCUCAUGGCAAAGCGGUGAUCUUGAAGAUGGAAACGGGAAACUUAUCAGCCGUCCAAGCACGGAAGAUCUCACCAGAUAUGGCAGCUGGAACCGUCAGACUGCAAUGGUCAAUGGAAGGUCCAAAAGACAUGCAAAGAAUAGCAGGCCGAGAACGAGUGCAAGUUCGUUGUCCGGGAAUCUCAUGCCGCCCGAUCUCGUCAGACUGAGAAGGACUUGCGGCAUCGAAUCCCAAACACGGAUUGCAGGAGGACGAAAUGCCACCUUGAUGCGCUGGGGCUGGAUCGCGGGAAUCCUUUACAGCACCACAAACGAGCAGUUCUGUGGUGGAGCCCUCAUCAGUAACCGAUACGUUAUUACAGCAGCACACUGCACUGACGGGUUGGGGAUCUCCGACAUGAAAGUCUUACUGGGCAGCAGCGACCUUAACAGCCCUAUGGGUAAAAUUUUUAAUGUUUCACGGCUACGACAACACAGGGGCUUCAAGAGGGACACCCUUGAGAACGACAUCGCUAUUCUACGACUGAAAUGGCCGGCCAGAUUCAACGAGAAUAUUCGUCCCAUUUGCCUGCCAACCAGCAGAGACGAAACAUUCUUUGGCAAAAUGGCCAAUGUAGCUGGGUGGGGACAUCUCUUUUUCGGAGGACCUUCGAGUCCAACGUUACAGGAAGCUGAAGUAAGAAUUUGGAACAAUACGGAGUGCCAAGGAGCUUUUCCUCAGCCAAUAACAGACGUCUUCCUGUGUGCGGGAGACAGAAAAGGAGGAGUUGAUUCCUGUAAGGGAGACUCUGGAGGGCCCUUGACAGUCCGAUCACAACAUAGGAAGCAGUGGUUCCUUGUCGGUGUAGUGUCCUGGGGCGUAGGAUGCGGAAGGCCCGGAGUACCUGGCGUCUACACUAGGAUCACAGAGUUUCUCGACUACAUUUAUCAGCAUGCUAUUUAAUAGGCCAACGUCCAUGCACCCAUUAGCGGGUAUUUCGUGUUACACCAGAAGCACGACUAUCUUGCGGUGGACAGCAGAAGACAGCACACGUGGACAUUCGGCGAACGCUCACCAGAAAGAUGUGCCGAAACCCACUUGAAAUCAAAUAACGUUUUUUUA